AUGGGUCAUAGGAAAUUUCUGAAACCCUCACAUCCAUACCGAAGAAAGAAAUCGUGGUUUGAUAAUAGUGUAGAGCAUGGCAGCAAGCCCAGAGCCUUAACAUGUCACAAUAUUUCUGCUGUUCUAAAUGAUUUUCCAAAUGAUUUUGGAAAAGGUGGAGACAAAAAAAGGAAAAGGAAUAAUAAUGAGAAUGAUGGUGAUGAUGAUGAGGAUGAGGAUGACACAAGUGACAUUGAUAAUCAGAAUGAGCUUACUAGGUGGAAGAAAAGAUCAAUCUUUUUUUCUUUACCGUACUGGAAGGAACUUCUAUUACGUUAUAAUUUAGAUGUGAUGCACAUAGAGAAAAACAUUUGUGAGAGCAUAAUAAGCACUAUGCUGCAUAGUGGGAAAUCAAAAGAUGGGAUAAAUGCUCGUAAGGACUUGGAAGAUAUUGGAAUUAGGAAAGGCUUGCAUCCAGAACAGCGGGGUAGCAGAUUGUACCUUCCACCAGCACCACAUACAUUUUCAAGGUCUGAAAAGAAAAGAUUUUGCAAGAGGUUAUAUGACUUCAAAGGGCCUGAUGGUUAUUGCUCAAAUAUCGGGAACUGCAUAACAUUGGAGGAUUGUAAGAUUAUGGGGCUUAAAUCUCAUGAUUAUCAUGUCCUAAUGCAGCAAUUGUUGGCUGUUGCUAUAAGAGGAUUGUUGCCGAAAGAGCCUAGAAAAGCGAUACUUCGAUUAUCUAGAUUUUUCAAUAGAUUAUGCCAGCGUGCUAUUGAUAGAGAAAAGUUGCUGGACCUUGAGAAUGAGAUCAUUGAAACUUUGUGUCAACUGGAACGCUUUUUUCCGCCAUCAUUUUUUGAUAUCAUGGUACAUUUACCGGUUCAUCUAGCAAGAGAGGCACGCUUGUGUGGUCCAGUUCAUUUUCAUUGGAUGUAUCCUUUUGAGAGGUACAUGAAGACACUAAAAAAAUGUGUCCGAAAUCCUGCAAGACCUGAGGGGUGUAUUGCAGAGUCAUACCUAGCUGAAGAGUGCAUCGCCUUUUGUAGCGAGUUUCUAAAACAGUCAAUACAUGUGAAGGAAAAGGAAGUUCGCAAUGAAGAAUUUGAAAAUGAUGUCAUUUUUGAAGGUCGUCCUAUAUCUAAGACUACUUCAAUCACACUUACCGAUAAAGAGAAAGAUAUUGCACAUCGUUCAGUAUUACUGAACACAGCAAUAAUGGAUCCAUUUUUAGAUAUGCAUUUGGAGGAGUUGCAAGCAAAAUACAAACAGCUUGAAAAAAAUCAGACCUUACUUUGGAAGCGGCAUACUGAGAAAAUUGCAGAAUGGACAAAAAAUAAGAUUCCUAUUGACUCGAAUGAUCAUUCAAAGACAUUAAGAUGGUUGGCAUAUGGUCCUAAAAAGAGUGCACUAUCAUGUAAGGGAUACAUUAUCAAUGGGCUACGGUUUCACACAAAGGAUGUUGACAGGGAAACACAAAAUAGUGGGGUGACUUAUGAUGCAAUAACCAUGUGUAGAGCAAGUGCAAAAGAUACUGCACAAGUGGCUGAUCUGGUCUCAUAUUAUGGGAUAUUGAUAGAUAUCAUUUUACUAGACUACCAUCUAUUUUAUGUUCCAUUGUUUAAGUGUCAUUGGGUUAAUAAAGGAAAUGGUGUUAAGGAAGAAGAUGGAUUCACACUUGUAAACUUAUAG